GUCCUGUUUCCGCGGUCAUUUGCAUCGCAGAACCCGUAGUCCGCACGGCUGCUCCUGGGCCGGCUAGUGCGAGGUCCCCGGAACUACCCUACUUUCCUGAGGGUUUGGGGAGGGUGGUGUGCAUUAGGAACUUAAGUAGGCAAGGAAAUAAUUUGAGAAUGACGAGGUAGGAGGAAGGGAAACCGGAGAAGUUAUUUCAGCAACAAGCAGCUUGCUAAAGUAACUGGGUCCCUGUGAACCGCUGCAUUUGGCGAACCGCUUAGCCGUUUAAAGCCCUUGGGUAGGAUCAGUGCUUUUGAAAACGAUUGCCUUCCUGCUGGCUUCAGACAUCCUAACAUGGGACUUACCAAACAGUAUCUCCGAUAUGUGGCUAGUGCUGUCUUUGGCUUGAUUGGCAGCCAAAAGGGUAAUAUUGUUUUUGUGACACUUCGUGGAGAAAAAGGACGCUAUGUGGCAGUACCCGCUUGCGAACAUGUUUUUAUCUGGGACUUGAGAAAAGGAGAGAAGAUCCUUAUCCUUCAGGGGCUUAAACAAGAAGUCACUUGCUUGUGUCCUUCCCCAGAUGGGCUACAUCUGGCUGUUGGCUAUGAGGAUGGAUCCAUCCGAAUCUUCAGCCUCCUCAGUGGUGAAGGAAAUAUAACCUUCAAUGGACACAAAGCAGCUAUCACCAGCUUAAAGUACGAUCAGCUAGGAGGCAGACUGGCUUCUGGGUCCAAGGAUACAGAUGUUAUUAUUUGGGAUGUGAUCAAUGAAAGUGGCCUCUACCGUCUAAAGGGACACAAGGAUGCUGUCACACAAGCUCUGUUCUUACGAGAAAGGAAUCUGCUGGUUACGAGUGGGAAAGAUACUAUGGUAAAGUGGUGGGACCUUGAUAACCAACACUGCUUCAAAACAAUGGUCGGCCACCGAACUGAGGUGUGGGGCUUGGUUCUGGUUUCAGAAGAAAAGCGGCUAAUCACUGGGGCUGCAGACAGUGAGCUGAGAGCCUGGGACAUCGCCUAUCUGCAGGAGAUUGAUGACCCAGAAGAACCAGAGCCCAAGAAAAUCAAAGAGAGUCCGGGGAUACAGGACGCACCUGAAGCAGAGGAUGGCACCCUUGAAGCGGAUGAAGAGUCUGAAGAUCGCAUCCUCUCUUGCAGAAAAGCUGGCUCCAUAAUGCGGGAAGGAAGGGACAGAGUUGUGAACCUUGCUGUGGACAAGACAGGCAGGAUUCUUGCUUGCCACGGCACUGAUUCUGUGCUAGAAGUAUUUUGUGUCCUUUCCAAAGCAGAAAUUCAGAAGAAAAUGGAUAAGAAACUGAAGAAAGCUAGAAAGAGAGCAAAAUUGAACUCUGCCAGUGGCGAGGAGGACCCUGAGACUAGUGUCACAAUGACUCUGCAGGAUGAGAUCCAUCGGGUGGCCAGUAUCAAGACUUCUUCCAAAAUCAAAUCCUUUGACCUGAUUCAUUCACCUCAAGGGGAGUUGAAGGCAGUCUUCCUGCUGCAGAACAACUUGGUGGAAUUAUACUCACUCAGUACAUCCUUGCCAACCCCUCAGCCUGUCAGGACAAGCAGGAUCACCAUUGGAGGCCAUCGCAGCGAUGUGCGCACUCUGUCAUUCAGCUCGGAUAAUAUAGCUGUGCUUUCAGCUGCAGCUGAGUCCAUAAAGAUAUGGAACAGGUCUACCCUGCAGUGUAUCCGCACAAUGCCUUGUGAAUAUGCUCUCUGUUCCUUCUUCGUGCCUGGUGAUAGGCAGGUGGUCAUAGGAACAAAGACCGGAAAUCUGCAGCUUUAUGACCUGGCCUCGGGCAAUCUCUUGGAGACAAUAGCUGCCCAUGAUGGAGCCCUGUGGUCCAUGUCUCUUUCUCCAGAUCAGCGUGGCUUUGUGACAGGUGGUGCUGAUAAAGCUGUCAAGUUCUGGGAUUUUGAGUUGGUGACAGAUAAAAACAGUACCCAGAAGAGACUUUCUGUGAGGCAGACUCGAACCUUGCAAUUAGAUGAGGAUGUCUUGUGUGUCAGUUACUCUCCCAAUCAAAAGCUGUUGGCUGUAUCUUUGCUGGACUGCACUGUGAAGAUUUUCUAUGUUGACACUUUAAAGUUUUUUCUCUCACUGUAUGGACACAAACUGCCUGUUAUAUGCAUGGACAUCUCCCAUGAUGGAGCACUAAUAGCAACUGGCUCUGCUGAUAGAAAUGUGAAAAUCUGGGGCCUGGACUUUGGGGACUGCCACAGGUCGCUCUUUGCACAUGAUGACAGUGUGAUGUACCUACGGUUUGUGCCUAAGUCUCACCUCUUCUUCACUGCUGGGAAGGACCGCAAGAUCAAGCAGUGGGACGCAGACAAGUUUGAACACAUCCAAACGCUGGAGGGGCACCAUCAGGAAAUUUGGUGUUUGGCUGUCAGCCCCAGCGGAGACUAUGUUGUAUCAGCAUCUCAUGACAAAUCGCUGAGACUCUGGGAGAGAACGAGAGAGCCUCUUAUUCUUGAGGAAGAAAGGGAAAUGCAAAGGGAAGCAGAGUAUGAGGAGAGUGUGGCCAAAGAAGACCAGCCAGCAGUUCCAGGGGAGACUCAAGGUGACAAUUACUUCACUGGGAAGAAAACAAUUGAAACAGUCAAAGCAGCUGAGAGGAUCAUGGAGGCCAUCGAGCUGUACCGAGAAGAAACUGCAAAAAUGAAAGAACACAAAGCCAUUUGUAGAGCAGCAGGGAAAGAGGUUCCUCUUCCUGUCAACCCCAUCCUGAUGGCUCAUGGCAAUAUUUCGCCUUCGGCAUAUGUGUUAGAGACUUUUAAACGGGUCAAGUCGAGUGAACUAGAAGAGGCUCUGCUUGUGCUGCCAUUCUCUUAUGUCCCAGACAUUCUGAAAUUAUUCAAUGAAUUCAUCCAGAUGGGCUCUGAUAUCGAACUUCUGUGCCGGUGCCUCUUUUUUCUCCUCAGGAUUCACUUUGGCCAGAUCACAAGCAACCAGAUGCUUGUGCCUGUGAUAGAGAAACUAAAGGAAACAACUAUUUCAAAAGUCAGGCAAGUCCAGGAUGUUAUUGGCUUCAAUAUGGCAGGUCUCGAUUAUCUCAAGAGAGAGUGUGAAGCAAAGAGUGAAGUUAUGUUUUUUGCUGAAGCUACUAGUCACUUGGAAGAGAAGAAAAGGAAGCGAAAAAACAGGAAGAAGAUGAUUUUAACAUUGACUUAGAACUGAAAGGCUCUGUCUUUUCCUGCUUCCCUUAAACUUUAAGGAACAUGUAAACUAAGCUGGCAUCUUAAAAAUAUUGAAAAAGAUCAUGUUGUAGAUCUUGGGGUACAGCCGUCAGUUUUGGCUGAGGAAAUCCCACAUGGCUGUGUGUUCUGGCUCCCAUCUUUUGGACUGGACAGAUUUAGUUUUGAAAUCAAUAGGUUUUUUUUUAACAGUAUAUUUUGUUCAUGAGUGGAAUAGACAUUUUGGGAGUGUCUCAUAUUUAUGGAAGAUUAUUUGUCUUAGAGCUUUUCCAUUUGAGAUAAUCAUGUGUAUUAUUGUCUUCUAAAUGAAGUACCAUGAACUUCAGGGCUGAAAGGGAUGAUAAAAAUAUCUAGAGCUUAAGCUAGUGCAGGUUGUUGAGUCUGUAUAUAAGAAGAUCAUAAUGCUAUUUGUACUUUGGGGAAUUAAAUAUCUUUUUCAUUAAAA